CUUAACACCAAACAAGAUCCCUCUUCCAAGCCCCAAUGGUUUCUUCUCCCAUGGUUUCCUCGCGCACCAACCACAUGGCCUCCUCCUCCUCCUCCACCCCCAAUGGCGGGUGCUAGGCGGUGGCGCCCCCCCCCCCCCCCCCUGAGAAGUUCGGUCGCACCAGCUAGCUCUCGUCGCCUGACCCGCGCCUGUUCCGCUCGAAGUAACCACGGUCCGACGCGUGCCCCUGGCGAACCGAGAGGCGGCUGCGGCGGCGUCUUCACCGGCUACGGCGCCGGCGAGGGUGGCGCGUCUCACUGGCAGGCUGUGAUCUGACAAUCUGUAGAUGUGAGAUUUUUCUUACUUAACUGAGCGACAGUGAAACGGAGACCGGUUAGCGUUGUUCGUGAAAUCUGUUGGUUCAUGGGAAGUCAGACAAUGGCAUCACAGGCUGGGGGAGGAGCAGGUGGGUGCGGAAGCCGCGGUGCCGGCACGGCGCAACGGGGGCAGAUGCAGAACCUGGCAAGACAAGGGUCUUUGUAUAGCCUUACCCUUGAUGAGGUGCAGAGCCAUUUGGGAGAACCCUUGCAUAGCAUGAACCUUGAUGAGCUGCUGAAGAGUGUCUUUCUUGAUGGUCUGGACCCUGAUGGUGCCGCCACCAGCCAGUAUGAGCCGAGUUUGGGCCUCUUGCGACAGGGGAGCAUUACAAUGCCACCUGAGCUCAGCAAGAAGACUGUGGAUGAGGUGUGGAAGGGCAUCCAGGAUGCCCCUGAGAGAAAUGUCGAGGAGGGUGGUCGGCGGAGGCAGGAGCGGCAGCCGACACUUGGGGAGAUGACGCUUGAGGAUUUCUUGGUGAAAGCUGGGGUCGUCACUGGAGGAUAUCCGAAGGACUUGAACGACUUUGGCAAUGUGGAUCAGGUUGGGAGUGCUGGGGUUGCCCAAUUGACAACUGGGGCACAGUGGUUAGACCGCUAUCAGCAGCAGAUUACAGCUAUGGAGCCUCAUAAGCACGGGCAACAGAGUAUCCCAGGUGCUUAUAUGCCGAGUGGGUUGGCCCUUCAGCCACUGAAUGUUGGGCCGGGUGCUAUUCUGGAAUCAGCCUACUCUGAUGGCCACAUUACCUCACCAAUGAUGGGUGCACUUUCGGAUUCUCUGACACCUGGUAGGAAGCGUGGUGUCUCAGGAGAUGUAGCAGAUAAGUUGAUGGAGAGAAGGCAGAAGAGGAUGAUCAAGAAUAGGGAGUCAGCUGCUCGUUCAAGGGCUAGGAAGCAGGCCUACACUAAUGAACUUGAAAACAAGGUAUCUCGUUUAGAAGAGGAAAAUGAGAGGCUAAAGAGGCAAAAGGAGUUGGAGAAAAUACUCUUCUCUGCACCUCUACCUGAUCCCAAGUAUCAAAUCAGGAGAACAGGCUCAGCGGCUUUCUGAUAAUGUCCAGAAUAUCUUGUUGUGUAGAUUUUUAAGUGCCGUGGCUUGUAAGUUUUGCCUGUUUGGUUUAGAAUCAUUUGCUAGCUUGGGAGUUUUUGGCUUAUCCUAGCUCAAUGAUCUGCUCUCUCUCUAGAUUAGCAGGAGCCUAGUAUGUGCUGUGUGAGCACGGCCCUUCCGAGGCCUUGCUACUAGCCUAGUAUGUAAAUCUGCAGGACACAUUUAGAUGCUCAUAGCUUUGUUUACAUGGUGACUUACCCUGCUCUUCUAUGUGUAUUAUUCUGUUCUUGCGAAAACUUGCAUUCUGCCAGAUGGAUACAUAUAAAUAUGAGCAGUAUGGAACUUUA